CUGGCUGCAAACCAAAAAAAAAAAAAAAAAAAAAAAGCGAAGGUUGUCCUUCUAAUUUCGUAGUUUUCUCAGCUACCCCAAAGCUCUCUGCUGUCUGACAGACCCGCAUCUGAAGCGUGCCACGGCGGCUGCGUCAUUACUGAAGACCGGGCUAAACUAGAGCUCCACUGCGGUGUUAAGAGUUACUCCUAUUGGAUAUAUCUGGCAUACAUGGAUAUCCGAUGGAAAACAGGUGGAUUAUAGGGGCACAUGGUGGUGUUUGGGGUUGACACAAAACAGAAAGUGACUCUAACACAGACACACCUCUGAUGCCUCUGACCAGUCUGAGCUCAUGGUGUGUGUUUGCUGGGAUAAACUAGUGGCCUGGCCAACGAGCAAAGAGUUUCUACACACAGUAAAGCCCACAGGAUGUCGUGGGCCAGAAGCCUCUUCACAGGCCGAGAGGAUGAGCGAAAAACAGCAUGGGGAGAGCGCAACGGCAAAAAGAGGAAAGAAAGUUCGUCACUAUGCAACCCACAUUACAUAAGCUGCCUGAGGGACUCAGAGGACUUGGAGACCCCUAAUGUGGCCCCUCAGCAUUACCAGUGCGGAGCAGGUACCAGUGGGGGCAGCUUUGGCCUGCGUUGUGGCUGGCAGGAGGACCACUAUGGGAAAAGGAUGGUUGGUGGCGGCGAUGUAGGUUUAAAGGCCAUGGACCUGGGCUUUGAAGAUGGUGAGCUGAAAGGCAGGAAAGAGGAAGAAUUAGGGGAAUUAUCAGAGAACAACUGCAAGGCGAUGACUGUUACAGAAUGCUGGAUGCAGAUAUUGUGGGUUUUCCAAUCCAAAAAAUUUCAGUCUGCCAAGCUGGAACGUCUUUACCAACGCUACUUCUUCAGACUCAACCAGAGUUCUCUGACCAUGCUGAUGGGAGUGCUGGUGGUGGUGUGUGGAGUCAUGCUUGCCUUCCACUGCAUCCACACAACCCUUAAUGUGGCCUACAUCUCAGUACUCUGCGUGGCCAUGGCUCUAUUCUUGGUCAUGAUGGUGGUGUGUAACCGUAAUUGCUUCCACCAGGACUACAUGUGGAUUGUGAGCUACUUGGUGAUCGGGGUGCUGAUUGUAGUGCAGGUUCUCGGUGUACUGAUGGUGUCCCCCCGCAGUGCCUCGGAGGGCAUCUGGUGGACAGUCUUCUUCAUCUACAUUAUUUACACUCUGCUGCCAGUGAGAAUGAGAGCUGCUGUGCUUAGUGGGACUGUGCUGUCCACCAUACACAUUGUCACUGCCUGGCAGCUCAACCAAGAGGACAAGUUCAUUUUCAAGCAGAUUAGUGCCAAUGUGCUGAUCUUCAUUUGCACUAACAUGAUCGGGAUCUGUACCCACUACCCUGCUGAGGUCUCCCAGAGGCAAGCCUUCCAGGAAACCAGGGGAUAUAUUCAGGCCAGACUUCACCUGCAGAGGGAAAACCAGCAGCAGGAGCGUUUACUGCUGUCAGUGCUGCCAAUGCACGUUGCCAUGGAGAUGAAGGCUGAUAUCAAUGCCAAGAAAGAAGAUAUGAUGUUUCACAAGAUCUAUAUCCAAAAACACGACAACGUUAGCAUACUGUUUGCCGACAUUGAAGGUUUCACCAGCCUGGCGUCUCAGUGCACAGCCCAGGAGCUGGUCAUGACGUUGAACGAGCUGUUUGCACGCUUUGACAAGCUGGCCUCGGAGAACCACUGCCUGCGUAUCAAAAUCCUUGGGGACUGUUACUACUGUGUUUCAGGGCUGCCUGAGCCCCGGGCUGAUCAUGCCCACUGCUGUGUAGAGAUGGGAGUAGACAUGAUUGAAGCCAUCUCGCUGGUGAGAGAAGUGACAGGUGUUAAUGUGAACAUGCGGGUGGGCAUUCACAGUGGCCGUGUUCACUGCGGGGUCCUGGGCCUGCGCAAGUGGCAGUUUGACGUCUGGUCCAAUGAUGUAACCCUUGCCAACCAAAUGGAAGCUGGAGGGAAGGCAGGACGUAUUCACAUCACCAAAGCGACAUUGCAGUAUCUGAAUGGGGACUAUGAGGUGGAGCCAGGCUUUGGAGGAGAAAGGAAUGCUUACCUGAAGGAGAACAACAUUGAAACCUUCUUGGUGCUAGGCUGCAGCCAGAAAAGGAAAGAAGAGAAAGCCAUGAUGGCCAAGAUGCAGCGAGCACGUGCGAAUUCUGCAGAGGGAUUGAUGCCACGUUGGGUGUCGGAGAGACCUUUUACCAGAAGCAAGGAGUCCAAAGUCUACAAGAAAAUGGGAAUUGAUGCAGCAUCCAGCAAAGAAAAUCGCUGUGUUCAGGAAACCCUGAACCCUGAAGAUGAGGUGGAUGAGUUUCUUGGGCGGGCCAUCGAUGCACGCAGCAUUGACCAGUUGAGGAAGGAUCACGUCAAGAAGUUUCUACUCACAUUUCAGGGAGUGGACCUGGAGAAAAAGUACUCCAAAAAGAUUGAUGAUCGUUUUGGGGGAUAUGUGGCCUGCACACUACUUGUCUUCUGCUUCAUCUGCUUUAUUCAGAUGAUCAUUUUCCCAAAAACAACACUUAUGCUUGGUCUUUACCUCAGCAUCUUCAUCAUCCUCACUAACAUCCUCUUUAUCUGCGCCAUCUAUUCCUGCAUUAAACUUUUCCCAGCUGCCUUGCAGACGCUUACCAAGAAAAUAGUCCAGUCUAGAACAAACAGCACACUGGUGGGCGUCCUCACCAUCCUUCUCCUCUUCAUCUCUUCCUUUGCUAAUAUGUUUACCUGCAGCAGAGAGGAACUGCAGGACUGUGUGGCCAAGGAACUGAACACAUCAGUGACUCUCUGCCUGCUUCACAACCUCACCCACACAGCCGAGGAUGGUUUGACUCUGUGUUCCAGUCAGGCCAUGCCCUGCCAUUUCCCUGAGUAUUUCAGCUACAGCGUACUGCUGACCCUGCUGACCUGCUCAGUGUUCCUCCACAUCAGCAGCAUAGGGAAGCUGGGUCUGAUGCUGUUCAUCCAGCUCACUUUCAUCCUGCUGGUGGAGUGGCCUCAGGUGUCCUUGUUUGACAACGCAGACCUGCUGGUCAUUGCAAAUGCCCUGCAAUUAUCCCCCGUUAAUGAUUCCCUACCACAACUUAAUUACAAUGAAACUGCUGAAGAGUGCCUGGAAACUGUGACCAAGGUAUCACUAAAGGUCAUCACACCUGUAGUCCUGAUGGUUUUUGUCCUGGCUCUGUACUUGCAUGGCCAGCAGGUGGAGUCCACUGCACGCCUUGACUUCCUCUGGAAGCUGCAGGCCACAGAGGAGAAGGAAGAGAUGGAGGAGCUGCAAGCGUAUAACCGCCGCCUGCUCCACAACAUACUGCCCAAGGACGUGGCUGCCCAUUUUCUUGCCCGGGAGCGUCGGAAUGAUGAGUUGUACUACCAGUCAUGCGAGUGUGUUGCUGUCAUGUUCGCCUCCAUCAGCAACUUUUCUGAGUUUUAUGUGGAACUGGAAGCAAACAAUGAGGGGGUCGAGUGUCUCAGGCUGCUUAAUGAGAUCAUUGCUGACUUUGAUGAGAUCAUCAGUGAGGAGAGAUUCCGCCAGCUGGAGAAAAUCAAAACCAUUGGAUCCACCUACAUGGCAGCCUCUGGCCUUAACGACUCCACAUACGAUAAAAAAGGCCGCUCGCACAUCCUGGCCUUGGCAGACUAUGCCAUGAGGCUUAGAGAACAGAUGAAAUACAUCAACGAGCACUCCUUCAACAACUUCCAGAUGAAGAUAGGGUUAAACAUGGGGCCGGUUGUAGCAGGCGUGAUUGGAGCCAGAAAACCCCAGUAUGAUAUCUGGGGAAACACUGUUAAUGUGGCCAGCCGAAUGGACAGCACAGGAGUACCAGACUACAUCCAGGUGACCACAGACUUAUACCACGUGCUGGUGAACAAUGGAUACCAGCUGGACUGUCGAGGUGUUGUCAAAGUGAAGGGAAAGGGGGAGAUGACCACUUACUUCCUCACCAGCGGCCCCCCGGGUAGUUAACGACAGACCGGCCGACCAUAGAGUGACUCCCAAUGCGUUAAUUCGGCAGAGACUGAGUGGUCAGCUCGGUGAUGAGCACCGAAGCAACAUGCACAGGACUGGGGACAGGACAUGGCCAACGGAGACAAGUCUGUAUCUUGUCAUGUACUCAGAUGCAAACAUGUAGGGUGGUGGUCAUGUUUGAAAACUUCUUUUUUUUCCCAAGCUGCCCGACAGAUAAUGAAGCCCAGUUGCCUUAAGAUGGAAGUGGGGAUGCUUGUAUGUAAGAGCAAUAGUACAAGUAUUUCAUCUGAAAUUAUUAUUUAUUUUUGUGAAAAAUAAAACAAUAUUUCAUAAAAGAAAAUAUGCAAGGACAAUAUGAAGGAGGAGAAUAACCAAAGAACAAAUGUACAUUGAUGAUUCCUGUUGAAAAGUAAAAUAACCUUAGAUAAAUUAUUCCUCUUUUAAAAGCAAAGGCCACGGUAACUUCUCUGUUGUUGACAGGAAUGAGCUCUUGUUUUAUUGUGGACUUAUUGAUAAAGGAGAAAGCACAUCUUUACAUAGAUCUACGGACUUACACAGCCAAGAGACACAAUAACCUUGGAUUGGACUUCUUCUUGUCUUAUCAGGGCCUUUUUUUGAUCCUUCCAGCCUGUGAUUAUCCACACUCUGGACUCAAAGCUGUCUGUGGUUCAGUCACAUGUGUGGCUGAACACUCGCUCCCUGCAAUAUAGUUUUUGGUUCAAGCCAAAAACAGGAAGUAUAAAAUGAAGAAGGAAUGGUUGCAUUAAUACCACAGACAUGAACACAGAUUGUUAAACUGCUAUGAAACAUUUUAUACGAAUGUGUGUGAGUUCUGUAUAUGUGGGUGUGGGGGCGUGAAUAGCUGAAUGCUGAUCUGUAAAGGGGCAUACUGUAACUUUUCACUGUGAGAUUUUUAUGAUACUGUAUGACAAUGCUUUCUUGCCAAACUGGUUGCUACAAGGCAUGUUUUAUAUUAGUCUUUAAAGUUGUGUGUUCAUUCCUAUUUUUCUGACAUGAUCAUUUGAAGAGGACUGCAUCUGUUAUUCCCUUUACUGGGCUGUUAUUCUGACUGACUUCAUUUCAAAUGGAAAAAGCUUAUUUGGACUGUGUUACAACAUGUGAAGUAAAGCAGUUUCCAGACUGCUCCAGGAUUUAGUUUAUGCAAAAAUUCUAUGUCUGGUAUUGAUUUUAUGCAGUACCAGUAAUUAUAUACUUCAUGGACCAAUAUUCACAACAUUACACAGCAGUAUUGGCUCGUAAUUUGGAAAGAAGAUUGAACCCCACCUCACCCACCUUAAAAAAGAGUAGCUGUUUGAAGCCAUUAUUAAAUGAAUGUAUGUAAUUAUGAAGAUUUUUUACUUCUGAAGAAAACUGUGGUUUUACAGAAGAAGUUCAGCCAUUGAAUUAGAGGUGUGACAGUUUGGACUACAUGUUAUCUGAAAGAAUAUUUUAUUUUUAAACAAGCUUUACAUUUGGUGUUUUUAUGCUCAUGAUUGUUCUUCUGAGCCCAAAAAUGCUGCCUCCACAGGCUGAAGAAUAUAUCAUAGCAUUCCUUGCCUAUCUCUGUCCUCACAGAGGAAUGGUUGAGGGAACACGUGUGUUCUGGUUGCAUCUUCCUUUAAAACGUGGCAAUUUUAACAACUGCAUUAGUGCAAUUAUCAAUUUGUUUCCCCAAUGAUUAGAAAAUGAAUAAAUGACUGUUUUUUGCA